UGGUUUAUGGAGCUUGGUCUACUUCAUGAUUUUUUAUAUAAAAGAGAGAAACUAUGGUCAUCACAGUGUGAAAGCCUUAAUAUUGCUAAUCCACCAGAAGAUGUUGUUGAAUGGAGAACUGGUGUUACGUCGUAUAAAUGUCUAUGUAAGUUUAUGUUUACUGUACAACCAUUACUUGGAAUAUGGGUUCAUCAAAAUCCUGAGAUUGGCAAUUUAGUGUAUGUCAUGCCAGGGUUUUUGUCAUUUGUUGGUUGCCGAAUUUUGCCACAACAGCUUGGUCCAUUGGGGCUUCAAGAUGGAUCACUUUUGUGGGCACCAGUUUUUGAGAUUAUCAGUGAUAUGUAUGGCGAGUUGGCGUUUUUCCUUCAUGGGCAAGAGACAGAUGGUGAAUACCUCUAUCCUGGAGCCAUUAAACCUGUUGAUAGGAGUUGCAAUGUUUUGUUACUAGAGGUUGAGCCAAGAAUGCAAAAUAACGAGUGUAAAUUAUUGCGCAGUAAGAGCCUUGGUCAUCCUCGUUCAGAUUGGGAGUCUAUGAGACGGAAUCAUAGGUCAGAUGAUGGUGGGUUUAGUAGCUCACAAAGGGCGGCUGGAUCAAACAGUUCUGUAAUUGCAUUUGACCGUUUGGCAUUUAAAGACAGACAGGAACUGCUUGAACUUAUAACGAGUCAAGUAGGUUCAAAGGUUCCUCUUUCAGAUUCUGGUCCACUGAUCCCUCGAUUUGGUGAUGGAGGUGAUGGCUUUAAGAAAGACUUCAAGCUUUUGUCAGAACGACGGUUGCUUCUUUUGAAGAAGUAUCAACAUGGCGGAGGGUACACGAAUUUGCAGACUAUAUCUAUGGAGGUUGCAAUAAGCAAACUAAAAAAGAGGCUUGAAACCCCAAGUAGUACUGGUGAAUUUUUUUAUGGGGAUGAAAUUGUUUCGAAGAGAAGAAGUGUUGCCGGUUACCUGAAGGACCGCCUGAAACCGAUACUUGGGAAGUUUAUUUCGACAGGUGGACUUGUAAAUCCAAAAAAAGGUUCAUUGAGCUCGGACCUUAAGCAUUAUUCAUCAGAGCUUCAUGAGUUUCUUUUGUCAGGUGACAUGAUAGGGUUCAGUGUACAUGCCUCGACAGUGAAGCUACCUACUAAUAGUGUAUGGCCGAAGAUGCAUGACGAAAAACAUGCCCUCUACAAGUUGCCAACAUGGAUCCCAACGUCCGGUCAAGAGUAUGCUGGCUUAUGGGGUGGAACUUUUGGCUGGCCACAUGGAAGAUCUAGUGAAGUGGAGGGAAAAGCCUUGUUCUUUCUUUUGCUUUCUUAUGAAGAAUCGGAGGGGAAACAGCUUCUGAUUGCACCCAGAAUAUUAGAAGGUACCGAGUAUGCUUAUUAUCCAAAUGGUUCGACAAUGUUUACCGUGAAGGUCAACGAGCUAUCAGCGGAUCCAUUUCCAUUAGAGACAGACGGAGAAUUUUCUACUCUGGACAUAAUACAUACUUAUGCAGGGGAAGGUCUAGCGGAAGGUGAUAGGUUCCAAGAUCCUGGAUCUAAACCUGGUUCUCUAUUUGUAAACCAAAAUGGCCUCCUUGCAUUUGUUUGGAAGGAAACCAGAGCUGUCUUAACCCUACAGAGGAUCAACCUGCAAGAUCUCUUGAGGAAAGGUAAAAGGGUUCCUGCUUUACCUCCUACACUGAACUUCACAUUUCAGACGCAGUGGUAUUCGAAUGCACUCACAAGAUUCUCCAACUUCCCUACAGCUGCUAGUUGCCUUUAUAUAGCAGCAUGUUACCCGCCUCGUGUGUAUAAUUGAAUAUUUAGUAUUUCCCCAUCAA